CACUUUAUUAAAUGAGUGUAUUAAAUAAAAAUAGUUACCAUUGGCAGGAGAAGAACCCCUCUGCCCGUUUUCAUCAGUCUUUUCAAAUCCCAUCCUCUCCUUAACUUUCCCAUUUCUUCACCAUCUCUUUCUCUUCAAAUUUUUCCUCUCUCAUCCGUUUUCAUCUCUUCCUUCUCAAUCAUUUCUAUUUUUUUUUUUUUGUGAUAUUGAAAUCACUUGCUUCAUCCAUAGAUUUUGGGUUUUCAGCUCUAUGAAAUAUUGCUUCGGUUCGUCUUUUCAAAUCUAUGGAUGUCGGUGUGGUUGUUCUUGUUGGAUGCUUUGGGAAAGAAAGAAACUCUAGUUCUGCAAGAUUUCACCAGCAAUGGCCUGUCUUUUGCAGUCAACUACUUUAUUAUUCAUAUUCUCUAUUACAUUGAUUCUUAUCCCAAAUAGACACGCUAUUUCCUUCAUUGUAUUAGACACGCUAUUUCCUUCAUUGUAUUACACGUGUAUUGCAAUUGAAAAAAAGAAACGUUACAAAGGAGAAAAAGAAGAGGAAAUCAUAUUAUUAUUUUUCCUUUUAUGUGCAAAGAUCCUUGUAGACUGCCAAAAACAGAGUGGAAGUUUGCCAACGCAUAUUGAAAAGUUUUAUGAGGCAAUUGGUCUGAAGUGCAGAAUGGAUAUGGUUUAAUAGAAACAUCACCUUGCAUUGCUGGUCGACAACCUUAUUAUAAUGUAAGACAGUUGUAGGUAUUUCUAUUAUAAUAUUCAACUGAAACUAUUCUCUUUCUUCCAUGCUACCCUUGAUAGAACAUGUGAUUUCUCCUAAGCAAUGUGAAUAAUUCUUAAAAAGAGAACUAAUAGUUAUAUAUCGGUAAUCUCUGUUGCUCCUGCUCUUUUUUUUUCUUGUAGUACACGCGUCUGACGCUUAGACAAACUUGGAUACAGGGAUAUGUCCCUACAAAAAUAUUCCAAAUGCAUGGAAAAGCUUUAAAAAAUUGAACACGCAUAAAUUGGAUACAUAUCUGUAUAUAGGGCUUGCACUUGACUCCAAGUAACUAGCUAGAAAUCUACUUUUUUAAAUACAGGAUAUUGGGGAAAAAUAUGUUUGAGAUCAUUUGAAAAAUAAACAUGUUAUGCUGGUACUAUCUUUUCUUGCUAAGUUCCUUAAUAGGAUCAAAGGAAAGGAUAUAUGUAUGUGCCUUGGUAUUAAAGUGAGUUUAAGAGAAUGGGGUUUUCGGUUUUCAGGUUUACAACUCACUGUUUCGCUCUGUGUUUGAAAUCUAUCGAUAUGGGUCUGUCUGUUUCUUUUUGGUUGCUUUUUCGGAGACUGAUUUCAGGUAUGAAUCUUUACUUGGGUUUGCGUUUUCAUUUCUUUGCCUUUGUCUUUAUUUUUGUCUUUUGGCUUUUCAUUUCUAUUUUAUGGUUUUUGGUUUUCAUGUUUAGACAUCACUGUUUCGUUCCGUGUUUCAAAUCUAUUGAUCUCGUUCUGUUUGUUCUUUUUGUUCGUUUCCUGUGUACUUUCGCGAGAUAGAAAUCCUAAGUUUUUUCCUCCGUAUCUGUUUUUUAUGAUUUAUGCAAUCCCCCUAAAUUUUUUUAAUGGGCACAUCUCUGUUUUUUAGUUUUUGAUACAUGCUUUUCACUUGAAUUUAUUUGAGUUUUUUUCUCUUUGCCAAAUCUUUGUAAGGUUAUCAAGCUUGAGUUGAACUUGACAAUGACUGGAUUGAUUUGAGUUUUACUUGUAGCUGAAUCCAAGUGACUUAUGGGCACAUGUAUCUAGUUUUUACCCCUAGUAUUGAUGUUCAUUUUUUAGAUACGAGAGUUACACAUUUUAAUUUCAGAUAAAUUCUAAAUGGUUGAGCCAUGCAUGAUUAGUUGAUUAAAGACUUUACUUACUCUGAUGAAUAAAAAUAACUUUCUUUUCUGAUAA